AUGUCUUCCAUACAAACCCAUCCCAACAACGAUGCGUUAAACACUUCUCCCCCGCAGCAUCAACUUCACGACUCUUCUGAGCCGCUACCAGGUUCCGGGUCGCGUGCCGGCACAAAGACUCAGGACUACUCGCCGGCCAAUAUCGAGCGCAUGGAGUCGCAGGAGGCUCAUGGUAACACUGAAUUCACCAGCGACCGCCCGCUCGGCGUUAAACCUACGCCAGAAGGUAGAGUCGCAAUUGGUGGGCAGCCCAACCAGCCCGAGGGCCAUGCCGGGUUCGGUGACAAGGUCAUCGGAAAAACGCAAAAGGCAGGUCUUGUCAUCGGCAAGUACACCAAAAAUGAUGAGCUCCAUGAGAAAGGCGAGUUGAGAGAGACGCGCGGGAAAGGCCUUGGGGAAUGCACGAGCAGCUCAUGA